CCAUAGACAAUACAUUAUUUAUUAUUUAUUAGUUUGUCUAUGUCCUUAUUUGAAAUUUAUGAGUUUGUUUCUAUCUAGAGAUUUGUUGGUUUGUAUGGAAUGAAUUGAGUCUUGAAUCCAAAAUAUGAAAAUAAAUUUAUAUAGAAAUAUUUUCCAUAUCCAAAUUUAUAUCUAAGAAGUUACUGGUUUCCUUAUCCUUACACUAAUAUAAAAGCUAUAGCAUCUGAAGAACAAUAAACAAGCUCAAAAACGUUGGUACUUAUUUAAAAAAAAAAUGUGUUUUAACGGUUACAAAUUAGUAUCAAGCAGAGUAUUAAGUAUUUGUCAUACAAACAGUGAGAAAGGAAAAUAAAUUUCAGUAAUAAUCACAAGCAGAUUGAUAAGAUGUUGGAGGAGAAUAGUAUCAAAACAUCUGUAGAUAAUACAUUAGAAAGUAACUGUAAUUUAAUAAAACCUAUUAAUCGUGAAGUUGUUCACAAGAUUUGCUCUGGUCAAGUUGUGUUAAGUCUAGCCAUCGCAGUGAAAGAGUUGAUAGAAAAUUCAAUAGAUGCUGGGGGUACUAGAAUAGAUGUUUAUCUGAGAGAAUAUGGUUCUGACCUUAUUGAAAUAUCUGAUAAUGGUACUGGUGUGUUAGAAAAAGAUUUUGAAGCGCUAACUUUGAAGCAUUAUACAUCAAAAAUCAGAGAAUUUAAUGACUUGGUAAACAUUGGAACUCUUGGUUUUAGAGGAGAAGCACUAAGUUCUCUUUGUGCCUUGUCCGAUUUAACUAUUGUGACAAAACAUUCCACGGCAGAGUUAGCAACUAAAAUUACAUACGAUAAAAAUGGAACAAUUACAAAUAAGGUUACCACAGCCAGAGAGAACGGGACAACUGUUAUGUUAAAUAAGUUAUUCUCUACAUUGCCCGUUAGACGAAAAGACUUCCUUAAAAAUUUAAAAAGGGAAUUUAAUAAAAUGUGCCAGCUGCUUUAUGCUUAUUGCUUGGUUUCAAAAGGAAUAAAGUUUUGCUGUACUAAUGUCUCUGAUAAAGGUUUGAAGAAUACAGUUGUUGCCACAGAGGGGCAUAAAAAUGUUAGAGAAAAUAUUAUCAACAUAUUCGGAGCUAAGCAAAUUUCAAGUCUGGUAGAUAUAGAAAUUACGAUACCAGAUAAUGAUAUAUUAAACGAUUAUGGAAUUAAUCUUAAAACUGGCGAAGAAAUUCCAUUUACUUUUGAGUUUUUAAUUUCCAGUGUUAGUCAUGGAAAUGGACGCAGUUCUACAGACAGGCAAUUUUAUUUUAUCAAUUCUAGGCCUUGCGAACCUACGAGGUUAAUGAAAUUAGUCAACGAAAUUUAUAAACAGUAUAACGUCAAUCAAUACCCAUUUGUUUUUUUAAACAUUAUAACUAAAUCAUCGUUAGUAGAUGUAAAUGUGACGCCAGAUAAAAGACAAAUUUUUCUUGAAAAUGAAAAAAUAUUAUUAGCGACUGUAAAGGCAUCUUUAAUAAAAGUUUUUAAGUCAUUUCCUUCUACUUUCAAAAUGCAAAACUUAGACGUUUCACAUAUAAUUUCAUCAGGAAAAACAUUAGAAAGAGGCAUAAAAAGAAGUAUUUCAGAUGGCCCAGUUAAAAAGGGAAGUAUCUUGGACAGAUUUAAAAAAAGAACAAAAACUGAAGAAAGUAUUACUACUAGUAGCUUAAAAUCGAUGCUGGUUAAAAAUAGUCCCGAAGUUCUUGAUGAGAUAGAAAAGGACUGUGAUAAACAAUUACGCAUGUUAAUUGAUAUUGCUUGCAAACUAUCACCAGACAAAAAUUCCGAGAAUAUCGUCGAUUUCCAUACAAUAAAAAAAGAAAACAAUUCUGAAGAUAGCAUCGAUGAUGUCAGUAUUUGUCUUGACCAACCCCCACAUGACACUAUACAAAAAUUUAUACCGUUGAAUAUCACCAUUGAUGAUAUUAAAGCAGUUCUUAAUAAGCCAAAAAUGGAAGAAAAUAAAAACAUUAAGAUCCGCUUUAGAUCUGAAAUUGUACCAGAAAGCAACAAAUCAGCUGAAGAUGAACUACAGAAACAAAUUGCAAAAUAUGACUUUAAAAAAAUGGACGUUAUAGGGCAGUUCAAUUUAGGAUUCAUAAUAACUAAAUUAAAUAAUGAUUUAUUUAUUGUAGAUCAACAUGCUACAGACGAGAAGUACAAUUUUGAACAAUUGCAGAUUUCCAGUGUUAUAGAUAGUCAAAUUUUAAUUAAUCCCAAACCAUUGGAAUUAACUGCCGGAAAUGAAAAUAUUCUUAUUGACAAUAUAGACAUAUUUAAGAAAAAUGGAUUUUCUUUCAAGAUCGACGAAUCAGCACCUUGUACUAAAAAAGUAGCUGUAACAGCCUUUCCUGUUAGCAAAAAUUGUGUUUUUGCAAAAGAUGACAUUGAUGAAAUGAUAUUUAUGCUUCAGGAAUCAGGCCAAACGAUGUGCAGACCUAGCAAGAUUAGAGCAAUGUUUGCUUCAAGAGCAUGCAGAAAAUCAGUAAUGAUCGGAAAACAUCUUUCAAAAUCGGAUAUGAGAUGCCUCAUAGAUCAUAUGGGAGACAUCGAUCAACCCUGGAACUGCCCUCACGGAAGACCUACAAUGAGGCAUUUAAUAAAUUUGGACCUUAUAGAAAAUAAAAAUUAACUCCAUUAAUAUAUUUGUAUAUAUAUUCUUUUAUUACGUGAC